AUGGAUUCAUUUAUGAUGCCCGUCCAGCCUCAUGUAUUCAAGGCGAUUAAAGAUUUAGAUAUCGACGUUCUCAUGAAAUGUUCAGCGGACGAAAUACGACCCAUCAUACCAUGUCUUGUCAGAAUGGCUCUCAUAUCACCACUUGAUGUCACAAAAUACUGCGCCGAAGCUAAAAAAGAUAUACUAACUCUCCUCUCUGGAAUAGAUUUGGUGAAUUUCAUUGUUUCUCUUUUAUCAAUCGAGUUCCACGCCUUGGAGGUUGAUGUCAAGAAAGAACAACAAAUGCGACAGAAAAACGGUUCUCAAUGUACAGAAUCUUUCUUAAUACCAAGUAUAGUGAAUGGAAUAUCAAGUGAUUUUGAGCAGUCAGAUUCAGCGCGGCGCGUGCGCCUUGUGCUCUCGGAAAUAUUGCAGAUGCAGGCUCAGAUUACAGAAUACAAUCAAAACAAAAACUCAAACACUGAAUGCUCAGUAAAACCUUCAGAGCUGUUUGACAAUGAUGUGUACUUGGAAGAAAUCACAGAUGUAAUCUGCAUUAGCUUAGCAGAACUGCCCAAUCUUCUCAAUAUUUGCGAUGUUGUAGAGGUAUUGCUACACGUUAACAAGGGCCCUGUCAUUAUAUCUUGGGUUACUGCUAAUAUGCCAGAUACGUUACAAGAAGUGGCAGAAUCACUAGUUUUGAACUCAGAAAGAGGAGAGGAGGGUGGUAUUCGAGCUAAAACUCUUCAAACUCUAUGUGCUGCCUGCCCUCACAUAGCAGCAAUGGUUCGAGCCAAAGCUGCAUCUGCUGCUAGAUUGCCUUCACUUAUUAUUAAUCUGACUCUGACACAUCAUUUGGAUGACUUGGUGUCAUUCAUGUCUGGAUUACUUUUAGGCUCUGAUCAAACAACUAGAGCGUGGUUUGCGACAUUCCUCCGCAAUUCGCAUAAAAGAGGCAAAGGGGAUGGGCAUUCAGCUUUAACCAAACUUAGACAAGAGCUGUUAAACCGAUUAAAAGAUGCAACUGCAGGAGUUGACGCAUCAGCUUUACUCAGAUUGUACUGUGCCCUUCGAGGAAUUGCUGGAAUUAAGUUUCAGGAUGACGAAGUUGCUGGUCUUCUGAGGCUGGUUACACAAAAGCCUCCACCCACACCAGCUGGAGUAAGAUUUGUGUCACUCAGUCUGUGCAUGAUCCUAGCUUGUCCAUCACUAAUGGCUGCUCCAGAGCAUGAGAAAAAAGCCAUAGAAUGGGUGCAAUGGUUGGUUAAAGAGGAAGCAUACUUUGAAAGCAAUUCUGGAGUUACUGCGUCAUUUGGCGAGAUGUUGCUUUUGAUAGCAAUCCACUUUCAUUCAGGGCAGUUGGCAGCAGUUGGCGAACUUGUAUGCGCCACUUUGGGGAUGCGUGUACCCGUUCGUCCUAACGGCCUUGCUCGUAUUAAACAAGCAUUUACUCAAGAAAUAUUUACGGAACAGGUUGUCACUGCUCAUGCUGUAAAGGUGCCUGUCACAGCAAAUCUCAAUAACAAUAUAAUAGGAUAUUUACCAGUUCACUGCAUUCAUCAAUUACUUAAAUCACGUGCAUUUUCAAAACAUAAAGUUCCCAUAAAAAAUUGGAUUUACCGCCAAAUCUGCAAUUGCACGGCUCCUCUUCAUCCGGUGAUGCCUGCUCUAGUGGAAGUAUACGUGAACUCGAUUCUUGUUAUCAACAACAAAGGGACAAACGAGUAUGUCAACAAACCCAUAACUGAGGAAGAAAUUAGAAGAGUUUUCAGGAACUCUAUAUUUGGCGCAAAUUUCGAUAUACAAAAGAAACCAUUCACGCCAAUGGAAAUAGACAAUGGGGAAUCAUCAGUAGAGAUCAAUUUGGAGAAACCAACAUUAGCUUCCCAGUUGCUAUUGAUUUAUUAUCUUUUAUUGUAUGAAGAUGUUCGACUGUCUAGUGCAGCUACACUCAUAGCAAAUGGCAGAAAACUUAAAAGUUAUUCUGCAGCAUUUUUAUCAGAGUUGCCAAUUAAGUAUCUGCUGCAUCAAGCACAAAAAGAUCAAAUGAGUUACGGAGGUCUGUUUAGUCCUCUGUUACGCCUUCUUGCGACUCAUUUCCCCCAGCUGUCACUUGUAGACGAUUGGAUGGAUGAUCAGGUAUUUGGUGAUUCGUGUCGUCAUCACGUUGAUGUCUCAUUAUCAGAAACGUCAAUCCACGAAGCCUUCCAUAGCAUUGAAGUAAAUCCUUACAAAACUGGCAAAAUACUGAAAGCUAUGCUCAACAAAAACCCAACCGAUAUUUGGCCAUUUGCUGAAAUAUUUGUUCGGUAUUUUAAAAGUGUGCUUGGUGAGCAAGUGCCGCGACAUAUUCAAGAAUUGUAUCGUGAGGUAUGGUUAAGGCUAAACACCGUACUACCACGCUGUCUCUGGAUAAUGACAAUUAAUGCUCUGCUGGAUAUAAAUGGCAGUACGAAGAGCGUUACAAUUACUCAGGAAAAUGUUCUAGUAGAUCCAUUACAAGUAUUACGAUGCGAUAUAAGGGUGUUUAGAUGUGGACCGAUUUUAAAGAUCAUUUUAAGAAUUUUAGAAGCAAGUUUGGCCGCUUCAAGAAGCCAAUUAAGUCGGCAUUUGUUGGACAGACCUUUACUUGAGAAAAGUGGACAGUUGACAUCUGAUGCAGAAAGGGAAGAACUUAAAAAUGCAUUAGUUGCUGCACAGGAGAGUGCAGCACUUCAAAUUUUGCUGGAAGCUUGCUUGGAAACAGCUGAAGACCAAUCAAAACCAGAGUUAAUGUGGGCAUUACGAGAAGUAAGGAGCAUAAUUUGCUCUUUUUUGCAUCAAAUAUUUAUAUCAGAGCCAUCAUUAGCUAAGCUAGUGCAUUUUCAAGGCUACCCUAGGGAACUACUGCCAGUAACAGUGCAGGGUAUCCCAUCAAUGCACAUCUGUCUGGAUUUUAUUCCUGAACUGUUAAGUCAAGCAUCUUUGGAAAAGCAGAUAUUUGCUGUGGAUCUGGUUUCUCAUUUAUCGAUUCAAUAUGCAUUGCCAAAAGCAAUGUCAAUAGCCAGAUUAUGUGUGAAUACUUUGUCCACUUUAUUAUCAGUACUCCCGAGUGACUUGCGUUUGGAACUGUUCCAACCAGUGUUGAAAUCACUGGUACGAAUCUGCACGGCGUUUCCGUCACUCCUGGAGGACAUCACCUCUUUACUGCUGCAGUUGGGUAGAAUAUGCGAGUCUCAAGCCUCACUUGGCCAUUGCUGGAAUGACACUACCAUCUUAGGGGAAGGGGCUUACACACCGUCAGAUGUACAACCAGAAACCAAGGUGUUGGUAGCAGAAGUUUUGUGCAGAGAUAUCAAGAUUACUAUGUCGGAAAUUGUUCAAAAAGCUUUGUUAAAUGAUAAACUGUAUUAGAUUGUAGUUUAAAAAUAAGUUAAUAUACAUAAAUUUCA